AUGGAACUUAGCAACUCGAACACAGAAAAGAAGGCGCUUCAACUUGAGAUCUUCAACAAAUUUGCGUCGAAACUGCCCCCUGAGGCGCAAGAUGGGGUCAACUCGCAGGUUUUACUGUUUGAAGACUUCAUAAAGCUGAUUUCCAGCUCGAGAACGCUCUAUUCCAAGUUUUCGGACCAUUCUUACAAUCUAAACCAAAUACCGAAUGGUGUUUUCGGCUGUAUUUUCUUUGCUGUGGAUGAACGAAAUAAAGGAUAUUUGUCACUGAACGAUUGGUUUUACUUCAACAAUUUGCUGGAACGAGACAAUUACCAUUUCAUAAUUAUGUAUGAGUUCUUCCGCAAAUUCGAUAUCGCGAGGAUGAAGGGACAAAGGCGCAUGGAAAAGAGUCAAGGCCUUAGCUCAAUAAAUAGUGGGCCACGGACCAAGACAGUCAAUUAUGGAAGCCAUUUCUUGAGUUUUGACAGUUUGUACUUGGAUCUGGAUCAAUUCAAGUCUACAAUCAAGUUUUUACAAAACUCUGUAAACGAUGAGUUUUUGACUUCCAAUAACUUGUUUUUGGAUUGGAACUCUUACAGAUGGUUAAAGUUGUAUCAGGCUUUCCCCUAUGGAACCAAACGUGACCCAUAUCUCAGUUUAAACUCACUUAUAACCAUCCUACAGAACGAUUUGAAGGCCGAAAAGCUGUUUAUGGGUUUCGAGAAACUAGCACAUGUCAAUCAUGAGAAUAAUUCGUUGACUUUGAAUAAAAACCAGUUAGUAUACCUGUUGAAACUGUUUUAUUCGCAUCGCAUAUCUGCCGACGUUUUUAACUCCUUGAAUUUGACCAACACUCGAAUGAUAAAAUCGGACAAUAAUUACAUCAGCUAUAAUGUUGUCAAGGAUAUUUUCUAUUUAUUUCAGAAUUUCGAUCUGCUGAAUCAAGUCUUUAUCAGGUAUGCCAAGACUAAUAAUUUCAACGAUCAAGAUAUGAGGGAUUGCAUUAUUACUAAAGAGGACCUUAUGGAUUUCCUGAAUGUCGAAUACAAUAAGGUCAACAAUAUUGUUGAUUUUUCUCCCUCUCAGAUCAACCUUUUGUUUUCAAUCGUGGCGAAUUCCAAAAAAAGCAGCUUGAUUGCCAAACAGUUGGGUCAUCAUGAGGAUUCUCAAAUCGAUAACUUCAUCCAAAAUGAUUUUUGUCACGGAACUAGCGAUCGAGUGCAGAAUUUGAAAGAUUUUAAUGCGAAUUACCAUAAUGUGGCCGGUGAUCUUUUGGGGGAUGCGGAACAGGAACGCCAUCAUGUUCACAAGUGGUCUUCGGAGGGGCUACUUCAGAGAUUUUUGGGCAAACGUCCUCAGGACGAGACUUUUUCAGAGUUUAAGCUCACUAUGGAGGACUUCAUGAAAAUCAUGAAUCCAAACUAUUUAAACGAUUUGGUGCACCAAAUGGAAGUCAAUCGAAUUCAAUCCGAGUCACUCUACACCAACUUUUAUUUUUAUCCGAUUUUCGAUUCCAUUUACAAUUUCACUUUGGGUUCUGUUGCGGGAUGUAUCGGCGCUACUUUGGUUUAUCCAAUCGAUUUGAUUAAGACAAGAAUGCAAGCCCAAAGAAACUUUUCACAAUACAAGAACUCCCUUGAUUGUAUUCGCAAAAUAUUUGCCCGCGAAGGCAUUCGAGGCAUUUAUUCUGGUCUAGGGCCUCAGCUGAUUGGAGUGGCGCCCGAAAAGGCAAUUAAACUCACCGUCAAUGACUACACUCGAAACCUCUUGAUGGAUCAAUACGGUCACAUAGCCGCGUCCCUGGAAAUUUUGGCGGGAGCCAGUGCAGGUGCUUGUCAAGUCAUUUUCACAAACCCGCUGGAGAUAGUCAAAAUCCGUAUGCAAGUCAGAUCGGAGUAUGCAAGUGAAGUGGCGCAUUCGAAGAUGGAUGCUCUCGCUGUGCUCAAGUCACUGGGUUUUAGAGGGUUGUACAGAGGCGUCGGUGCCUGUCUUUUGAGAGAUGUUCCAUUUUCAGCCAUUUAUUUCCCCACAUAUGCGCAUCUCAAGAAGGAUUUCUUUAAUCACGAUCCAAACGACAAGAAUAAAAGACCGAAGCUGAAAACCUGGGAACUUCUGUUGGCGGGAGGUCUGGCAGGAAUGCCAGCAGCAUUUUUGACCACACCUUUUGAUGUGAUCAAGACUCGUUUGCAAAUAGAUCCUAAAAGUGGAGAAACUCGUUACGAUGGUAUUAUACAUGCAGCUCGUACCAUACUUAAAGAGGAAUCGUUCCGAAGUUUUUUCAAAGGAUCUGGUGCCAGAGUAUUGAGAAGUUCGCCGCAAUUUGGGUUUACACUGGCAGCGUACGAAAUUUUCCAAAACCUUUUCCCAUUACACACGGAGACGCAAACAUCUAAUAAGAUUAAUGAAGAUACGCCAACCAUCAACAACAUGUUUUCGUCAUUUUUCGAGAGUAUGAAGAAGUCUUCCAAAGACCGGGUUGAAAUCACAGAAUUUUUCGGACCUUCGGUAGAUCCAUACAGUCGGAAUUACAUGAACUACUAUUACAAGAGUUGCCAAGUCGCCAAAGUAUUUAUGGACUUGGAUUACAAUUUUUCACGCUUUAAUCAUUCCACUUAUUCUCAGUUUCAAGAACGACUCAAAGAAUUGGAGACACCAGUCAAAUAG